CCCACUAUGUUGGUUUUCUCAUGGCACGGCUCAUAUAAUGCGGAUAUACGCUCAAAUUUCACAGAAAUCCGGUAAUGUAUUACGACAUCAUCUGGAAUAUGAGUUCAGUUGGACGGCAGUUCAAGAAAGAUUGUGAAUAUGUACACUCAGUUGCAGAGGAAAUCAUAGACAAGCGGAGAGAUGCACUGGAAGAGACAGGAGGAAGUUCCAAGAUCAGUCGGUAUGUUGACUUUCUGGAUAUCCUUCUAAAGGCGUGUGACGAGGAAGGUCGGGGUCUUUCAAGAAUGGAAAUCCGGAAUGAGGAUGACGCCUUCUUGUUUGAAGGUGAUUUAGAUAUUCGGAGUAAUUAAUAGGCUAUCAGUUGUUGUUUUAUCCGGAAGUCGCGGGUUCGAACCCAGCUAUGUUCAAGAUUGCUGCUACUCAUACAUUACAGCCAGCCCGCUUAGCUCAGUUGGGAGAGCAGAGAUCUACAGAUCAGGACGUCUUGAAUUUGCUUCUUGAGCAAGCGUAUGUUCUUCGUGAUGACU